CCUAAUCACAAUGAUCACACUAACGCUGGCAGCACUGGCACUGAUCUUGCUGGUAGCAUUUCUGCUGAAGGAACUGUGGCGCCCAGCGAACUAUCCUCCUGGACCCCGAUGGCUACCGAUCGUCGGCAACACUCCGCUAGUGCGCAAGAUGGCGGCCAAGCAUGGUGGACUAUUGGCGAACGUGUUCGAUGAACUGUCGGAAUCGUAUCGAAGCAGCGUGAUUGGACUGAAGCUUGGUCGGGAACGCGUUGUCGUUGGGCUGGGAUACGAUGAGGUGAAGGACAUUUUCUUCAACGAAGCGUUCCAGAGUAGACCCGAUAAUUUAUUCGUCCGAUUACGGACGCUUGGGACGAGACUUGGCAUCACCUUUACGGAUGGCGAAUUCUGGAACGAGCAGAGAAGCUUCGUCACACGCCAUCUCCGACAGGCUGGCUAUGGACGGCAGAAAAUGCACGCUCAGAUUCAAACGGAGCUAAACGAACUGCUGGAUGUGCUCGAAAAUCGUAUGGAACAACCAAUCUGGCCUGGAUCGAUCCUCGCGAUCAGCGUGAUUAAUGUGCUCUGGACGAUCGUAACCGGUUCCCGCGUUCCGCGAGAAGACGAUCGUCUCCAAAGACUUUUGCUGCUGCUUCACGAACGUACCAAAGCCUUCGACAUGUCCGGUGGCACCCUGAACCAACUGCCCUGGCUACGGUUUAUCGCACCGGAAUGGAGUGGCUACAACUUGCUGCGUCGCUUCAACAAACAACUGACGGAAUUCUUCACUCCAACGAUCGAGCAGCAUCACGAGAACUUCUCCGACGAUAAAGCGGUGGACGAUCUCAUCUACGCGUACAUUAAGGAGAUGCGCGAUCGCAAGGAUUCCAACUUUACCGACGUGCAGCUGACGAUGAUCAUACUGGAUCUGUUCAUAGCGGGAGGCCAUACGACAAGCACCACGAUCGAUCUUGCCCUCAUGAUGAUGCUCGUCCGUCCUGAUUUGCAGACGAAAAUCCACUCGGAAAUCGAUACUGAACUGAGGCACGAUGCCGUUCCUCACUAUGACGAUCAUCACAAGCUUCCGUACGUGGAGGCGUUCCUGUUGGAAGUGCAUCGUUUCUUUAGCAUUGCGCCGGUGAGUGGACCGAGGCGAGCGCUUGCGGAUUGUACGCUGGGAGGCUACCGGGUACCCAAGAACACUACGGUUCUCUACGGACUGCGCAACGUACACAUGGACCCGGAGCACUGGGGCGAUCCGGAAGUGUUUCGUCCGGAACGGUUCCUCGGCGAGGAACGGCAGAUCGUCAACACGGAACGGCUGUUCGCGUUUGGCCAGGGCAAGCGUAGAUGUCUCGGUGAAACAUUGGCCCGGUCCAGUCUGUUUACGAUCUUCGUUGGAGUUAUGCAGCGUUACAGUCUGCUCAAACCGGAGGAUGAAGGGCACGAGUCGGAUAUGGCGCCAUCGUUGACACUCAGGCCAGGAAUUACGCUCUCGGCGAAACCGUACAACGUGGUGUUCAAACGGCGAAAGCAAGCGGGUUUUUAAACUCUUAUCAAGCUACAACCCUGACCAUCGAAUGGUGCUCGCGGUUCCCUAACUAUGGGUGUGAGAGUGGACAUAAGCAGUGGGUAGAAUUUAUUCUCCAUCCUGAUCUGAGUCUCUGAGAAGCUUUAAGAAGUUCUUCUGGGUACAAUGUCUUGAACGGGCUUGUUUCCUAAGCAAUCUUUAAUGUCACACAAUAUCUGAAACAGG